CCACAACAACCACAACUGCUCCCACAACAACCACAGCUAUUCCCACAACAACCAAAGCUGCUGCCACAACAACCACAGCUGCACCCACAACAACCACAGCUGCUCCCACAACAACCCGAUCAGCACCAACAACAGCUAAAGCUGUGAUGGCAAUAACAACUAUAGCUGCAUCUUCAACAACCACAGCUGAUUCCACAACAACAACAGCAGUUACAACAAUCACAGCCAUCCCAGCUGCACCCACAACAACCAUAGCUGAUGCUAUGACAACAGCUGCAGCAACAACAACGGAAGAUGUACCCACAAUAACCACAACUGCUGCUACGGCAACAAAAUAUUUACCAACGACUAAUAAUGCGGAGACGACAACAACCACAGCUGCACCCACAACAACCACAUUGGCUAUGGCAGCAACCAAACCUGCUGCCACAUCAACAGAUGUGGCUACGACAACUACAGCUGUGACUUCAACAACAGCUGCACCGAUAACAGCCACAGCUGCUCCCACAACAAACAUGGUGGCUGCUAUGACAACAGCUGCGGCAACAACAAGUGAAGCUGUACCCACAACAACCACAAAUGCUGUUACAACAACAAAAUAUUUCCCAACGACUAAUACUGCGGAGACGACAACAACCACAGCUGCACCCACAACAACCACAUUGGCUAUGGCAACAACCACACCUGCUGCCACAUCAACAGAUGUGGCUACGACAACAACAGCUGUGACUACAACAACCACAGCUGCUCCCAAAACAAACACAACUUCUCUGACAAACACCAAACCUGCAACCACAACAACCACAGAGGCACCAACGUCAACUACAGCUGGAGCAACAAUCACAAACAUCCCCACAACAACCACAUCUGCUCCCACAACAACCAUAGCUGAUGCUAUGACAACAGCUGCAGCAACAACAACUGAAGCCAUACCCACAACAACCACAACUGCUACUAUGACAACAAAAUAUUUACCAACGACUAAUAAUGCGGAGACGACAACAACCACAGCUGCACCCACAACAACCACAUUGGCUAUGGCAGCAACCAAACCUGCUGCCACAUCAACAGAUGUGGCUACGACAACUACAGCUGUGACGUCAACAACAGCUGCACCAAUAACAGCCACAGCUGCUCCCACAACAAACAUGGUGGCUGCUAUGACAACAGCUGUGGCAAUAACAAGUGAAGCUGUACCCACAACAACCACAAAUGCUGUUACAACAACAAAACAUUUCCCAACGACUAAUACUGCGGAGACGACAACAACCACAGCUGCACCCACAACAACCACAUUGGCUAUGGCAACAACCACACCUGCUGCCACAUCAAUAGAUGUGGCUACGACAACUACAGCUGUGACUACAACAACCACAGCUGCUCCCACAACAAACACAACUUCUCUGACAAACACCAAAGCUGCAACCACAACAACCACAGAGGCACCAACGGCAACUACAGCUGGAGCAACAAUCACAAACAUCCCCACAACAACCACAGCUGCUCCCACAACAACCAUAGCUGAUGCUAUGACAACAGCUGCAGCAACAACAACUGAAGCCGUACCCACAACAACCACAACAGCUCCUACAACAAUGACAGCUUUACCAACGACUAAUACUGGUGCAACGACAACAGACACAGCUGCUCCCACAACAACCACAACUUCUCCCACAACAACCACAGCUGCACCCACAACAACCACAGCUGCUCCCACAACAACCCGAUCAGCACCAACAACAGCUAAAGCUGUGAUGGCAAUAACAACUAUAGAUGCAUCUUCAACAACCACAGCUGAUUCCACAACAACAGCAGCUGCUCCCACAACAAACACAACUGUUCCCAAAUCAACCACAGCUCCUCCAACAAUAACUACAGCUGCUCCCACAACAACCACAGAUGUACCAACGACAAAUAAAGCAGGGGCAACAAUCACAGCCGUCUUCACAACAACCACAUCUGCUGCCACAUCAACAGCUGUGACUACAAUAACUACAGACGUCCCCACAACAAUCCCAGUUGCCGCAAAAACAACCACAGCUUUCCCCAUAACAACUACAUCUGCUGCUACGACAACAACAGCUUCAGCUACAACAACCACAGCUUCACCCACAACAACAAACACAGUUGUGGCAACGACAACAAACACAGUUGCGGGUACGACAACUACAGCUCUGCAUACAAAAACCACAGCUGCACCUACAACAACAACAGCUGUCCACACAACAAACAUAGCUGCAAUGACAGCAGCUGCUGCAACAACAACCGGAGCCAUGCCCACAACAACCACAACUGCUCCUACAACAACCACAGCUGCUCCAUCAAUAACCACAGAUUCACCAACAACAUCUAAAGCAGGGGUUACAACAACCACAGAUGCUACAGCAGCUCCCACAACCACAUCUGCUGCUACAUCAACAACAGCUGCGGCUCCAACAACCACAGCCAUCCCCACAACAACCACAGCUGCUGCCACAACAACCAGAUCAGCACCAAUGACAUCUAAAGAUGGGGCUACACCAACCACAGCUGUCCCCACAACAACCACAACUACUACAGCAGCUACCACAACCACAGCUGCUGCUAAAACAACAGUCGCUGCGACCACAACAAUUACAGUUGUGCCGGCGACAACCACAGCUGCCGCCACAACAACCACAGCUGCUCCCACAAUAACUGCUGACACCAAAAAAAACACAUCAGCACCAACAACAUCUACAGCUGAGGCUACAACGACAACUACAACUGGGGAAACAAUCGCACCAUUGCUCACAACAACCACAGCUGUAUUAACAACAUCCACAGCUGAUGCCAAGACAAGCACAGCUGCCCUCACAACAACCACAGCUGCUCCCACAACAACCACAGCUGCAACCACUACAACCACAGCUGCUCCCACAACAACCAAAGAUUUAACAAUGACAGCUACAGCUGGGGUAACAAUCACAGCUGUCCUCACAACAACCACAGCUGCUGUCACAUCAACAGCUGAGGCUACAACAACUAUGGCCAUCCCCACAGCAAUCCCAGCUGCACCCACAACAAAUAAAGCUGCAAUUGCAACAACAACUAGAGCUGCACCUUCAAUAAGCACAGCUGCUCCAACAACAACCACAUCUGCUCCCACAACAACAGCUGACACCACAACAACCACAUCAGCACCAACGACAUCUAAAGCAGGGGCUACAGCAACCACAGCUGUCCCCACAACAAUUACAGCUACUACAGCAGCUCACACAACCACAACUGCUGCUACAUUAACAACAGCUACGGCUACAACAACCACAACCAUCCACACAACAACCACAGCUGCUGCCACAUCAACAGCUGAGGCUACAACAACUAUGGCCAUCCCCACAGCCAUCCCAGCUGCACCCACAACAACCAUAGCUGAUGCUAUGACAACAGCUGCAGCAACAACAACGGAAGCUGUACCCACAAUAACCACAACUGCUGCUACGACAACAAAAUAUUUACCAACGACUAAUAAUGCGGAGACGACAACAACCACAGCUGCACCCACAACAACCACAUUGGCUAUGGCAGCAACCAAACCUGCUGCCACAUCAACAGAUGUGGCUACGACAACUACAGCUGUGACUUCAACAACAGCUGCACCGAUAACAGCCACAGCUGCUCCCACAACAAACAUGGUGGCUGUUAUGACAACAGUUGCGGCAACAAGUGAAGCUGUACCCACAACAACCACAAAUGCUGUUACAACAACAAAAUAUUUCCCAACGACUAAUACUGCGGAGACGACAACAACCACAGCUGCACCCACAACAACAGAUGUGGCUACGACAACUACAGCUGUGACUACAACAACCACAGCUGCUCCCACAACAAACACAACUUCUCUGACAAACACCAAAGCUGCAACAACAACCACAGAGGCACCAACGGCAACUACAGCUGGAGCAACAAUCACAAACAUCCCCACAACAACCACAGCUGCUCCCACAACAACCAUAGCUGAUGCUAUGACAACAGCUGCAGCAACAACAACUGAAGCCGUACCCACAACAACCACAACAGCUCCUACAACAAUGACAGCUUUACCAACGACUAAUACUGGUGCAACGACAACAGACACAGCUGCUCCCACAACAACCAACGACAACAACCACAGCUGCACCCACGACAACCACAUUGGCUAUGGCAACAACCACACCUGCUGCCACAUCAACAGAUGUUGCUACGACAACUACAGCUGUGACUACAACAACAACAGCUGCACCCAAAACAGCCACAGCUGCUCCCACAACAAACAUAGUGGCUGCUAUGACAACAGCUGUGGCAACAACAAUUGCUGCUACAAAAACCGCAGCUGCCCCCACAAAAACAACACCAGCACCAACAACAACUACCGUUGCAGCGGCAACAACAAUUACAGCUGCAUCUACAUCAACCACAGCUGCUGCUACGACAACAACAACUGCGUCUACAACAACCACAUCCGUCCCCACUACCACCACAGAUGCUGCCACAACAACCACAGCUGCACCAACGACAACCACAGCCGUGACGAUGACAACAACAGCUUCAUCCACAACAACCACAUUUGCUCCCAUAACAACCACUGCUGCUCCCAAAACAGCCAAAUCAGCAGCAACAAAAAUUACAGCUGCGGCUACAACAACCACAGCCACAUCAGCAGCAACAACCACGGGUGCACCCACAACAACCACUGCUGCACCAACGACAACUACAGCUGCUCCGAAAACAACCACAGCUGCUCCCACAACAACCACCUCUGGUCACACAACAACCACAGCUGCACCCUCAACAGCAAAUUCCACAAUACCAAUAUCAGCACCAAUGACAUCUACAGCUGGGGCAAUAACACAAGUCCCCACUCUUCCUACAAGAAACACAGCAGCACCAACGACAAUAACAUUUGUGGCGAUCACAACUACAGCUGCACCAAAAACAACCACAGCUGCUCCCACAACUGCCAAAGCUGCACCCACAACAGUCACAUCUGCUCCCACUACAAUCACAGCCGCUGGUACGAAAACCACAGCUGUGGCUACACCAACCACAGCUGUCCCCAAAAUGAACACAGCUGUUCCCACAACAACCACAUCUGGGGCUACAACAACCACAGAUACACCCACAACAACCCCAGCUGCACCAACGACAACUACAGCAGGGGCGAAAACAACUACAGCUGCACCCAAAAUAACCACUGCUGGUCACAUAACAACCACAGCUACACCCACAAAAACCACAGUUGCUUCCACAACAACCACACCUUCUGCUACAUCAACAAUAGCUGGGGUUCAAACAACUACAGCUGCCCCAACAACAACCACAGUUGCAUUAACAACAUCCACAGCAUCCACCACAACAACCACAGCAACACCAAUGAAAAUCACAGCUGCUGCUACAACAACAACAGCUGUUACUUCAAAAACCACAGCCGUCCCUACAAUAACCACAGCUGCUCCUGUAACAACCACUGCUGCUCCCACAACAACCAAAGCUGCUCCCACAACAACCGAAGCUCCUCCCACAACAAUCACAGCAGCACCAACAACAAAAACUGCUGUGGCAAUAACAACUACACCUGCAGCCACAACAACCACAGCUGCUCCCAUAUCAACUACUGCUAG